AUGACUAUUGCUGCAUAUGCGUAUGAAACAAAUGAAGCAAGAAGAGCACAUGAACUAAUAAACGAAAACUCAACUUUAACCAUUGAAGGCAAUGAUUUAGUCAUUGACGAUGGAAAGACUAAAAAAGUCAUUGAUUUCGAUACUUUUAACACUUAUGACCCAUUCAUUACAACAAGCAAGGUUCCCAUCAUAAAUGAUGGAACGGUGCAAUAUAUAAAUUCUACAGUAGAUGCCUCAUUAGUGAAAGUACUGAAUGUUCUCAUUGAAUUGUUAAAGAGCUUUCGAUUUGACGACAACAUUAAAUGCCUAAAGAAUUUAGUCAUGAAUGAGAAACAAAUUCUCGGCGUUGCUGGUAGCAGUAAUGAUGUACACCUUAUGACAUUAGAAUAUUAUAACGAACAUAAAGAUGAACUGAAAGGAGAGAAGGGUGACAUUGGACCUCAAGGACCACAAGGAAUACAAGGAAUACAAGGACCUCAAGGCAAAAACGGUUUGGAUGGUGAAGAUGGAAAGGAUGGAAAAACUGCUAAAUCAUGGAUAUGGAACCUUAUAAAUACUGGUUUAACAGCUGCUUCAUAUGGAGUUCUUCAAUACCAAAUCGGAAAGAUAUGGGCAGUACUUGGUGAAGAAGUUUUAGAUGACGUUAAAAAUGCUUUGAACUUCAUUUCAAAUGGUUCUGAUACUAUUAAAACUUUAUCUGGUUGGAUGCAAGAAACAAGGAGUCAAAUAGAUACUGUAAGACGUAUAGCAAACAAUGCACGUACGGGAUUGGAUACUUUACGAGAAGCACAAAAUACACUAAAGGAAGCAAAUGAUAUUCUUGGCUCAGUAUCAGACAUGCAUGAAGAUUGGCUUAAAGGUAUUGACAAAUCUUUAAAAAAUCACAGUCAGUCUAUUGCUGACUACAAGAAAAGUAUAGAUUUUUUACAUAGUGCUAUGGACGUACAUGAUGGAAGCAUAAGGAACUUACUUAAUGCUAACAAUAACUUACCAGGAACUAUUAAAGCAUUUAUAAAGUCCUUUGUAAAACCUGGUGCUCUAACAUUUAGGUCUUUGAGAGCAAGAGCAUUGAAGUCAAGAGAUGCAGAAACUCCAACAGAACCUACAGAAGGAACUGAAACAACAGAAACUCCAGAAGAACCACCAAAACCAACAGCUAAUGAAAUAUUGUUCGAAUAUUUUCCAAGGUACUCUGUUCUCAUUGCAUACAUUCAAGAAAUACUUAAGAAAGCAGACUUGACUUUAGGAGAUGAUGAAAGUUCUGUAUAUCUUUCGUUCCAGUUUCAAAUAGCAGAACUUUUGAGACAGAUAUGCUUAAUGUAUGACAACAUCUCUGAUUUCACAAGAUAUGAUGACGACCAUGACCCCGAACACGGUGAAGAAGAAGUUUUACAAACAUCCAUUAAGACAGGAAAGGUUUUAACACAAAGUCUCAUUAUUGACACCAAAGAUGGCGAAGUGGACGUUCUUCAAGAGCUGAAGAAAAAUACUUCUUCGGGAGGUGGUGGUAGGCAUGAACUUGAAAUAAAUGAGAUAGAAGAGAAAUUAGCCGAAAAAGCAGAUAAAAACCAUGUUCAUUAUAUAAGUUCAGACGAACAGAUUAUAACGGACUACCAUGGAUAUUUAACACAGGAUGAACAAAUAAGCACUGAAGAUGUUAAUGAAAGAAGAUAUAAAUACAUUCGUGCUAAAGGUUAUGACAUACACUGUACUGUACAGUAUGACACAGGUAAAGCACCAGAAGCAUUUGGUUAUAACGAUGAAAUUUAUGCUUCAUACUUCUUUGUUAACGGUGUAUUAGUUGAACCAAGAUUUACAUUGAGAGUUAAGGCAAAAAUAACUUUUGAAGAUGCUAUUAAAAGUAAAGCUGACAAAGAUGAACUUGACGCAACGAACAAAGUUUUGAAAUCUCAUAAACACAAUAUCUCCGAUAUAAAUGAACUUCAAGCUACAUUAAAUAGUAAAGCUGACAAGAACCAUACACAUGAAUCCUUCACUACUGUUAGAGCAGACGACAUAAUAUUGAACUAUACCCUUGGUUCAAGUGCACCAUUAGAGAAUCCAAGUACAAGCGUAAAAGAUACACUAAACUCCUUAAAUAGUAAAUGGAUGAAUAUCGAAGGUCAUGUCAGAAACUUUGAAACACAUGAACUACCAGCAAUGUUAGAUAAAAAAGCAGAUAAAGAACAUACACAUAACUCCUUCUCAACUGUUGCUAUAGAAAGUAUUGAAGGAACGGUUGGCGGAACUGGUGGAGAUGCAUUAUAUUAUAAACCUCCUAACUUUCCACAAGGUUUAACAUCGAAUGAAAACAUAACAACGAAGAAAGAAAUUAGCUGUAAAAAUGUUUAUAUUAUGGAUGAUGAAAAUAAUGUUAAAUUCACUGCUCAAGAUUUAUAUGAUAAGAAAGCAGACAAAACAGAGCUUCAAACAUUAAAGACUGAAAUACUUCAAACAUUAUAUCCUAUAGGCUCUAUUUAUACGUCAAUGAACUCAACAAAUCCAGCAAGUGUUUUAGGUUUUGGUACGUGGAAGCAGAAUGUAGAUAAAUUCUUAUACUGUGCUAGAUAUUCAAAGCAAACAGGAGGUUCGAAGAAAAUUAAAGAAGCAAACCUUCCACCGCACACUCAUACAGGAACUACAAACUUUUCUGGCGACCAUAGCCACUCAUUAAGAGACCACCCAUUAUACAACUCAGACUAUGAAGCUGGUUAUGAUGUUUUAUCUCCAUCUUAUAACAAUUCAGCAAAAAAGAUUUUUCGACAAACUGAACCGGGAGGAAAUCAUGUCCAUACUUUCACAACAAAUCCAACAGGCUCGGGUGCAGAUUAUAUGCCACCAUUUGUGACUGUAUUCGCAUGGUACCGCGUUCAAUGA